UGCUCUAGUGGGAGAUCAGACGAGUGCGUGUUCGACAUGGAGCAGUACCGCAGCACUGGCAGUGGGGGGCGAUGUCUGAGCUGCAGAGACAACACCGAUGGGCCCCAUUGUGAACGCUGCAAAGAGAAUCACUACAGGAGCUCUCCUAAAGAGCCCUGCCUGCCCUGCAACUGUAACAUCAAUGGCUCAGUGAGUCUGCAGUGUGAUGUGGAAGGAAGGUGUGCGUGCCGAGCUGGUGUGACAGGGGGCAAGUGUGACACAUGUCAGGCUGGCUUUCACUCGAUUGGCCCUGGUGGCUGCAGGUCGUGCAAUUGUGACCCCAGAGGGAGUGUGGACCACUGCUCUCCUCUGGAUGGACAUUGCCGCUGUAAGCUAAAUAUGGAGGGACGGAGCUGUGACAGAUGCAAGCCAGGCUUUUUCAACUUACAACAAGUAAACCCAGCAGGCUGCCAACCAUGUUUCUGCUUCGGCCACUCUCUGGUCUGCUCCUCGUCCACACACUAUGCUGCUGUCAACAUCACUUCUGACUUCACUGAAGAUCAGGAUGGCUGGGUGGGAGAGUUCUUCGGGGGGCAGGAGUACCCCCUGCUGUGGAAAGAAGGCGAAGUCUACCUGCUACCUCUAAGUGAGGACAACAUUGGCUUCUACAAAGCUCCUGAGAAAUUCCUGGGUCACCAAGUCUACAGCUAUGGCCAGCCUCUCUUCAUCACCUUCACCUCUGAGGCCCCUGAGCUGCUUCCUGCCCACGUCACACUGCUCCUCCAAGGCUCUGGAAUCACCCUAUCAGCUCAUCUUUCACCCCAGCGAGUGCUUGACCAUGACCCCAGCCUCACUCCACGGCACUCCUUCAUUGCCAGGCUUCAUGAACACGAGAUGAGCUUUGAUCCUCCUCUGUCUGCCUUUGAGUUCCAGCGUCUCCUUUACAACGUGACCGCUAUCAGAAUCAGCAACGCUGGAGGACUCAACUACACAUCCCAGCUUGAGAGGGUAACCCUGACCUCAGCUGUCAUCUCCUCUGCUCCUGCCAGCCCUCCUGCUCCAUGGGUGGAAACUUGUUCCUGUCCUCCAGGUUUUGCAGGCCAGUUUUGUGAGCGCUGCGCCCCAGGGUUCACUCGGGAAGCUCCUGGCAGAGGGCCUCUCUCAACAUGCAUACCAUGCAACUGCCACCAGCAUGGAACCUGUCAUCCAGAAACAGGUGUGUGUGAGUGCUCAGACUUCACCACUGGGAUGACCUGUGAGCACUGUCUGGAUGGUUACUAUGGAAACGCUUUGAUUGGCACACCUGGUGAUUGUCAGCCUUGCCCUUGUCCGGACCAUACCAGCUGCACGCAAAUUGUAGAGACAGGCCAGGUGGUCUGCACAAACUGCCCUACAGGACAGAGAGGGAUGCGCUGUCAGAUGUGUGAAGAUGGUUACUAUGGUGACCCCCUGGGACAAUCUGGGGAGGUUCGACCGUGUAUGAGAUGUGACUGUAAUGGCAAUGUGGACUUGAACGCGGUGGGAAUAUGUGACCACAUUACUGGGCGAUGUCUAAAAUGUCUGGGACACACAGAAGGCAACAGCUGUCAGCACUGCCAGCGGGGUUUCUACGGUGACGCCUUAAAGCAGACAUCUGGCCAGAAGUGCAAGCCCUGCAGCUGCAGUCCUGCUGGAACAUCUGGGCCUGCAAUGGACUGCCACCCUCAGACAGGAAACUGUCAGUGCCUCAGUCAUGUGACUGGCUGGGAUUGCAGUAACUGUGAAGUUGGCUUCUUCAACCUCCAACCAGGCAUAGGAUGUGAAAGGUGCAAAUGUAAUCCAAUUGGAUCAUUGUCCACCGCAUGCCAUCCAGUCACAGGGCAGUGUGUGUGUUCUGCAGGAGUGGAGGGGAGACUGUGCGAUUUUUGCCGUGUGGGCUUCUUUGGAUUCUCAUCACGAGGUUGCAGAGCGUGUAACUGUGACCCUAUGGGAUCCAUUUCCAUGCAGUGUCACAGUAACGGUACCUGCCAGUGUCGCCCGGGUUUUGUGGGUUACAAAUGUGACAAAUGUGAGUUAAACUAUUUCCACAACAGAGCCACACACCAGUGUGAGGAAUGCCCACUUUGCUAUGGCCUUGUCAAGAAACAGGUAGAAAAGCUGAGGACUCGCCUGCAGGAUUUGGAGAAGCUGUCGGCUCACUUUGAUUGCCGAGGUGGAUUUGGGCGACAACACCACCUGCUGAAGUAUCACAUGGCCAGGCUUUAUGAGCAUGAGCACCAGAGGGAGGAUACUCUACCCAAUGCUCUGGAGGAUUUUCUGGCCUUCCAAGAGGCACGGGAAGCCUUCAUAAAACAAUUUUCCUUGCUGGAAGCUUCUACAGGCAAACUCUUAGCCCAGCUGCAGGUUAUUACAUCUGCUUUGAACUGCAGCAUCAGCAUGACAAAGAAAGAGGGGAAGGAGAGGAGGAAGAAUGAAGGAAGCAGAAGUGUGUGUCAAACCUUCACAGAGACUGUGUUCAUGAUCAGAGCAUCUCAGAAACAGCUCAAGCAGGCAACACUGGACCUGGACAAUAUGAUCAUUCCUUUUGAGUUGGUGUCAGGACCUACCAAAUGGAACAUUAUGGUCAAUGAUUCACACGUCUUAAUGAAAAGUCACAGAGAAAUGGCAGAUAACAUUGAGGCCAUAGCCGGCCGGGCGGUAAGCGCCUCAAAGCAGACCUUUGGUUUCCUGAUGGAUCUACUGCAGGACAACUCCACAGAGGAGUACAUCAGGAACCUGACGGGGCAAAUAGCACAAAUGCAGCAGCAGAAGCAGAACAUGACAUCGCAGGUGAAUGACACUGUAGCCAAACAGCUGGCCCUGGAGGAGGAAGCUGCUGGUUUAAAGCUUGCCCUGGGUAACAUCACAUCAUCCUUUCAUCAGUUGGCUCUGACAGAUGCCAGCCCAUCACCGCAGCCUGAACAAACACAGCUCAACCAAACACAACCAACCAACCAUACAAUAGAGUGGGCCAAGGACCUGCUAAAACAGACAAAAGAGUUGGACCGGCAAAUUCAGACCAAAGACGAGCUCAUCAGUAAGAUCAGAGAUGAGAUGGAGGCUGUAAAGGAAACCACCAGUAAAAACCUGGAGAUGGGGGAUGACAUCACUGAGCUGCAAACUCAAGCUCAGGGAGCAAAGGUUGUGGCUUUGUCAUUGUCGAAUCAGAAGCCACUGUCCUGCACAGACAACUAA